AAGAGUUCUUCUACGUCACAACCAGGAAGUGAAUGCCCAUCGAUCGCGGAAACGUCAACAAACAGUGGCAGGUUCUCUUUCGGCAAGUCUCAUCUGUAAAAGGAAUCACAGCUUCUCUAUCAACAUGUUGAAGGCAGUUAUUUUGAUCGGAGGCCCACAGAAAGGCACAAGGUUCAGACCCCUGUCAUUUGAGGUCCCCAAACCCUUGUUUCCAGUAGCUGGUGUGCCCAUGCUGCAGCAUCAUAUUGAAGCAUGUGUCAAGGUACCAAAUAUGAAGGAGAUUUUGCUCAUUGGCUUCUAUCAGCCGAAUGAAGAGCUGACAAGAUUCCUGAUGAAUGCGCAGCAGGAAUUCAAGAUUUCCAUCAGGUAUUUGCAGGAGUUCGCAGCCCUGGGCACUGGUGGGGGCAUCUAUCACUUCAGAGAUCAGAUUGUUUCUGGCAGUCCAGAGGCUUUCUUUGUUCUGAAUGCUGAUGUUUGCUCGGCAUUUCCUCUCAAAGAGAUGCUCAGCUUCCAGAAGGAACACGGAGAACCAAACAGUUUUGUCAUUCUUGGGACAACUUCAAACAGAAGGCAGUCCAUGAAUUACGGCUGUAUUGUCGAAAACGAGGAAACCAAUGAGGUCUUGCAUUAUGUUGAAAAGCCAAGCACAUUCGUGAGUGACAUCAUAAACUGCGGUAUAUACCUUUUUAACCCAGAAAUCUUCCAGCACAUCGGCACCAUCUUUCAAAAGAACCAACAAGACAUGCUGCUAGAGGAGCCGGCCAAUGGAUGGCAUCGAGGAGAGGCCAUCAGGCUAGAGCAGGACAUUUUCACCGCCCUUGCAGGACAUGGAAAGCUCUUCGUAUAUAAAACCCAGGGCUUCUGGAGCCAGAUCAAAUCUGCAGGUUCUGCCAUUUAUGCCAGUCGAUUGUACCUCAACCAGUACCACAUAUCUCAUCCUGAAAGACUGGCCGCAAAUAAGGAGGGAGGGCCCAAAAUAAGUGGAAAUGUCUAUAUUCACCCUACAGCCCAAAUUGACCCCACUGCUAUGCUGGGUCCCAAUGUCUCGAUUGGCACUGGAGUAACUAUUGGUGAAGGGGUCAGAGUGCGAGAAUCCAUCAUACUUCAUGGUGCAACUCUACAGGAUCACUGCUGUGUUUUGAACAGCAUUGUUGGAUGGGAUAGCACCAUUGGAAAGUGGGCUAGAGUUGAGGGAACCCCAAGUGACCCAAACCCCAAUGAUCCCUACGCAAAGAUUGACAGCGAGACCCUCUUCAGGGAAGGGAAACUCACACCUUCAAUUACUAUCCUGGGUUGUAAUGUGACCAUCCCUUCUGAAGUGAUCAUUCUCAACUCAAUCGUCCUCCCACACAAAGACCUCAAUCGCAGCUUCAAAAACCAGAUUAUUCUCUAGUGAAUCUUUCUUACACUUCUGCUUGUGUUCUUUUACCAAUGAAGGAUCCAUGCUAGCUCUGCCUCUGAGGAAGUGUGUACAAGAUGUCCGAAAUAAAGAGAAGACCAAGAUAGUUUUCACAGAUUUUUAUUUUAUACACCACUUGGUGCGUAAUGAGGUGACUAAUCACACAUGUUAAUCUACCUUUUAAGAUAACAACAGAGUUUUUUUUUUAACUUCACAGUUAAAAGUAGCACAGAAAUGUUGUAAGUUAUAUAAUGUAAAAGAAGAUUUAAAACCAUGUUUAUAAAGGCUUGUAGAACAGGCUCUUAUUCUGAGGAGCAUUCUUGAUUAACUUUAGACAUGAAACUAAAGAAUUUAAAAAGUAUUUAUUACUAUUAGCCUUUAUUAUAUGUUCGGUGGUGAGGUUGCUAAGGGCAAGGUGGUAGAGUAGGUAGUAUCAGUGUUGGCCUGGGUCUGUUGAACGUGGCAGUAUUCUAUAGGUUGGGUUGUUAAAUUGUGUUGUUCUGCUAGAAGAUAUGAUGGACAGCGGGAGCUGGCAUGCAGGAGGGUUGCUCUGGUACGCCAUAGUUAACUGUUUGACCUCUCCAAGGUGUCGUGGGCCUAACUAAACGAAACAUCAGUGAAGGAAGGAGCCCACUUGAUAACCCCAGUGAUGUGCUGGCUCUCGCUCCCCAUCGGUCCUUUCUAUCUCAGGAGCCAUGGGGUGGGCUACUAAAUUGUAUCAGUACAGGGCAUAGUGGGCUGGGUUUCUUCACUGAGCGCUCAUCCUUUCUUUUAGAAAGUACCUUGUGUUUAUCUCAGAAGUUUGAAUUUAAAAAUGGCAAACUGACUGUUAAUUUUCCAAAGCAACAUUACAACCAAGUCUUUUUUAAACUGGAAUUUAUCAAAGGGUAUUGAAAUCUGAAUACACAUCAGCAGAUACUGAAGUAGUGCAAUGUUUGAUAAAGCAGAUUUGAGCAUCAAAAUGAACUUACUUUGGUUAUAUUCAUGAUACUCAUGAUCACCUCAGCACUUGUUUUCCAGUUAAUCUGAAGGACGUGAGGAACUGGAACUUCAGCAAAAUGUUCAAAUGAAGUCUCUUUAGAGCAUGUCUUUCUCAUAAUGAGUUUAUUUUUGAUGUGAUACUUAACCUCUUGUGCUUUUCAUUGUUUUUUUCUGCUUUAAAAACUGCCUAAUGCAAAUCUUGUGCCCCUAAUUAAAGGGAGUAAAGACUCAUGGUGGAAUGUUCAUUAGUGAGGUUACAAACCUUCCGGCUCCUAAGAUAAAAGGCAAAUUAGAUGCAUUAGAUUACAUGACGUCGAUCGGACGAAAGCCAAAGGGCAAGUUUCUGGAAAUAUGUACAUGAAAUUAGACAUUCAACCCAAAUGUUGGCUUGUGUUGGGAUUUCAUUACCAUAUGAUACUUUUUUGUAGGUCUUUGCAUUAUACAUAUACUUACUGAUUAUCAUGCAUGUAGGUUGAACCCACUGGAAGGACUGAAGUUUAAGGUGGUGCGUGGAGCCAGUUUUGCAAUGCUUAAGCUAAAGCUUGCAAACAUUGGUUAGUUUCGAGUCAUGUUAAAGCUGCCUAAUAAGCAAACUACUUUGAAUGAUUGAGAAAGAAAGAAACAUAAAAAAAAAAAA